AUGGAUAUAAUUAUGGGACCCUGUGUGGGUACACGCCCUCCUUCUUGCCUCAUCCUCCUGCUUCUCAAGCUGCUGGCCACGGUCUCCCAGGGGCUUCCCGGGCCGAGUCAGCUGGGACUCCACUUCACACAUUCCAUGUACAAUGCUACAGUCUAUGAGAACUCAGCAGCCAGGACCUACGUCAACAGCCAGAGCAGAAUGGGCAUCACCUUGAUUGACCUCUCCUGGGAUAUCAAGUACAGAAUCGUGUCCGGAGACGAGGAAGGCUUUUUCAAAGCAGAGGAAGUUGUCAUUGCAGAUUUCUGUUUUCUCCGGAUCAGAACUAAGGGAGGAAAUUCUGCCAUAUUGAAUAGGGAAAUUCAGGAUAGUUAUUUAUUGAUAGUAAAAGGGUCUGUGAGAGGAGAGGAUUUGGAAGCAUGGACCAAAGUAAACAUUCAGGUUUUAGACAUGAAUGACUUGAGGCCUCUGUUUUCUCCCACAACAUACUCAGUGACGGUAGCAGAAAGCACACCCCUGAGGACUAGCGUGGCCCAGGUCACAGCCACAGACGCAGACAUUGGGUCCAAUGGAGAAUUCUACUAUUACUUUAAAAGCAAAGUUGACCUCUUUUCAGUUCAUCCCACAAGUGGCGUUGUUUCAUUGAGUGGACGGUUGAACUAUGAUGAGAAAAACAGGUAUGAUCUAGAAAUUUUGGCGGUUGACCGAGGGAUGAAGCUAUAUGGAAACAAUGGAGUGAGCAGCACUGCAAAGCUCUAUGUCCACGUGGAGCGUGUAAAUGAACAUGCCCCCGCCAUCCACACAGUCACACACGUUCCCUUCUCUCUGGACCAGGAGCCCACCUAUGCAGUGGUGACAGUUGAUGACCUUGAUGAAGGUGCCAAUGGAGAGAUUGACUCAGUAUCCAUUGUCGCAGGGGAUCCAUUGGACCAGUUCUUCCUGGUGAAAGAGGGAAGGUGGAUGAAUGAGUAUAAAAUUAAAGAGAGGAAGCAGGUGGACUGGGCAAGCGUCUCCUAUGGCUAUAAUCUUACUCUUCAGGCAAAAGACAAAGGGUCACCUCAGAAGUUUUCAGCACUAAAAACUGUGCACAUCACCAACCCCAAGAGAGAUGAUGUUCGAGUUAGGUUUGAGAAAGACACGUAUGAUGUGAGCAUAAGUGAAUUCUCCCCGCCCGGGGUUGUGGUUGCUAUAGUAAAAUUAAGUCCUGAGCCCCGAGAUGUGGAAUACAAACUAUCUCCCGGUGAGGAUGCUGAAUACUUUAAAAUAAAUCCUCGGUCAGGCCUGAUUGUCACGGCCCAGCCACUGAAUACUGUCAAGAAGGAAGUAUACAAACUGGAAGUGACAAACAAGGAGAGAGAUUUAAAAGCACAAGUUACCAUUGGCAUAGAAGAUGCAAAUGAUCAUACCCCAGAAUUUCAGCAGUCACUGUAUGACAUUUUUGUGAAUGAGAGUGUCCCAGUAGGGACCAGUGUCUUAACUGUCUCUGCUUCCGACAAGGAUAAAGGAGAGAAUGGGUACAUCACUUACAGUAUUGCCAGCUUGAAUUUGUUACCAUUUGCCAUUAACCAGUUUACAGGUGUAAUUAGCACAACUGAAGAAUUGGAUUUUGAAUCUUCUCCAGAGACGUACAGAUUCAUCGUGAGAGCCUCUGACUGGGGCUCACCAUAUCGCCAUGAAAGUGAGGUCAAUGUGACCAUUCGGAUAAGAAAUGUCAAUGACAACAGCCCUCUCUUUGAAAAAGUGGCUUGCCAGGGAGUUAUUUCAUAUGACUUUCCAGUCGGGGGCCACAUCACAGCUGUCUCAGCAAUCGAUAUUGAUGAACUUGAACUUGUAAAGUACAAAAUCAUUUCUGGAAAUGAACUAGGCUUCUUUUAUUUAAACCCAGACUCUGGUGUUUUACAGCUUAAGAAGUCACUGAUGAAUUACGGCAUGAAAAAUGGCAAUUUUGCCCUCAGAAUUACAGCUACUGAUGGGGAGAAUUUUGCAGAACCCAUGGCUAUUAAUAUAUCAGUGCUCCAUGGGAGAGUGUCUUCAAAGAGCUUCAGUUGCAGAGAAACCCGGGUGGCUCAGAGACUGGCAGAAAAAUUACUCAUUAAAGCAAAAGCAAAUGGAAAGCUGAAUCUGGAAGAUGGAUUUCUUGACUUCUACUCGCUGAACAGGCAAGGACCAUAUUUUGCCAAGUCCUUUCCUUCCGAUGUGGCUGUGAGGGAGGACCUGCCAGUUGGUGCUGACAUCCUGAAGAUUGAAGCCUAUGAUGCUGACUCUGGCUUCAACGGAAAGGUGCUGUUCACAAUAUCUGAUGGAAACACAGAUAGCUGCUUCACUAUCGAUAUGGAGACUGGGCAACUACAAGUCCUCAUGGCCAUGGAUCGAGAGCUCACAGAUCUCUAUCUCCUUAACAUCACCAUCUAUGACUUAGGUAACCCACAGAAAUCUUCAUGGAGGCUGCUCACCAUCAAUGUGGAGGAUGCCAAUGACAACAGCCCAGUGUUUCUGCAAGACAGUUACUCAGUUAACAUUCUUGAAAGUUCAAGCAUUGGUACUGAGAUCAUUCAAGUGGAAGCCAGAGACAAAGACUUGGGUCCUAAUGGUGAAGUGACUUACUCGAUCGUGACAGAUACACAGCAGUUUGCCAUCAAUAGCUCAACUGGAAUUGUUUAUGUAGCUGACCAAUUGGACCGAGAAUUCAAAGCAAACUACUCUUUGAAAAUAGAAGCCAGAGACAAGGCAGAAAAUGGUCAGCAACUGUUUUCUGUCAUCACCCUGCAGGUGUAUUUGGAUGAUGUCAAUGACUGCUCCCCAGCUUUCAUUCCCAGUAGCUACAGUGUGAAGGUUCUUGAAGAUCUCCCCAUUGGCACUGUCAUUGCUUGGCUGGAGACCCAUGAUCCAGACCUGGGAUUGGGAGGCCAAGUGCGUUAUUCUUUGGUCAAUGACUAUAAUGGCAAAUUCGAAAUAGAUAAAGCAAGUGGGGCCAUCCGCUUGAGCAAAGAGCUCGACUAUGAAAAGCAACAGUUCUACAACCUCACGGUUCGGGCCAAAGACAAAGGACGCCCAGUGUCUCUUUCAUCUGUUUCCUUUGUUGAGGUGGAAGUAGUGGAUGUCAAUGAAAACCUCCACACUCCCUAUUUCCCCGAUUUUGCUGUUGUUGGAUCUGUAAAAGAAAACUCUCGCAUUGGAACAAGUGUCCUGCAGGUGACCGCUCUGGACGAAGACUCUGGGAGGGACGGAGAGAUCCAGUAUUCCAUCAGGGAUGGCAGCGGUCUUGGAAGGUUCAGCAUAGAUGACGAGAGUGGGGUCAUCACUGCUGCAGACAUUCUUGAUCGAGAGACCACAGAGUCCUACUGGCUGACAGUGUAUGCCACAGACCGGGGCGUGGUUCCCCUCUAUUCCACCAUUGAAGUCUACAUCGAAGUGGAGGAUGUGAAUGACAAUGCGCCACUGACAUCAGAACCUAUUUAUUAUCCUGCUGUCAUGGAAAACUCUCCCAAGGACGUAUCUGUCAUUCAGAUUCAAGCUGAAGAUCCUGACCCCAGUUCCAAUGAAAAACUGACUUACAGGAUCACAAGUGGGAAUCCUCAGAAUUUCUUUGUCAUCAAUGUCAAGACAGGUUUGAUCACUACAACUGCAAGGAAAUUGGAUCGAGAACAGCAGGCAGAACAUUUUCUGGAGGUGACUGUGACAGAUGGUGGUUCCUCUCCCAAACAAUCAACCAUUUGGGUGGUGGUUCAGGUUCUAGAUGAAAAUGACAACAAGCCACAGUUCCCUGAAAAGGUCUAUCAGAUCAAGCUGCCAGAACGAGACCGGAAGAAGAGAGGAGAACCCAUUUACAGAGCCUUUGCAUUUGACAGAGACGAAGGCCCCAAUGCAGACAUCUCCUACAGCAUCGUGGAUGGGAAUGAUGAUGGAAAGUUCUUCAUUGACCCUAAAACUGGAAUGGUUUCUUCUAGAAAACAAUUUACUGCAGGAAGUUAUGACAUCUUAACGAUCAAGGCCGUGGACAAUGGCCGCCCACAGAAGUCAUCCACAGCCCGUCUCCACAUCGAGUGGAUUAAGAAACCGCCCCCCUCACCAACACCGCUGACCUUUGAAGAGCCAUUUUAUAACUUCACCGUCAUGGAGAGCGACAGGGUGACAGAGAUUGUGGGGGUGGUGUCAGUGCAGCCGGCGAACACCCCUCUGUGGUUUGACAUAGUGGGGGGGAACUUUGACAGCUCUUUUGAUGCAGAGAAGGGUGUGGGGACCAUUGUUAUUGCCAAACCUCUGGAUGCUGAGCAGCGCUCCAUCUACAACAUGAGCGUGGAAGUCACCGAUGGGACGAACAUCGCUAUAACGCAGGUAUUUAUCAAAGUACUGGAUAAUAAUGAUAAUGGCCCAGAAUUCUCCCAGCCAAAUUAUGAAGUGACAAUUUCUGAGGACGUGCUUCCAGAUACAGAGAUCAUCCAGAUUGAAGCCACAGACAGAGACGAGAAGCACAAGCUAAGCUACACUGUGCACAGCAGCAUCGACUCCAUCAGCAUGAGGAAAUUCCGCAUUGAUCCCAGCACAGGGGUUCUGUACACUGCUGAGAGACUGGACCAUGAGGCCCAGGACAAGCAUAUCCUCAAUGUGAUGGUCAGAGAUCAGGAGUUUCCUUAUCGAAGAAACUUGGCCCGAGUCACUGUGAAUGUGGAAGAUGCUAAUGAUCACAGUCCUUAUUUUACCAACCCACUGUAUGAAGCAUCUGUGUUUGAAUCAGCUGCUCUGGGAUCAGCUGUUCUGCAAGUAACGGCUCUGGACAAAGACAAAGGGGAAAAUGCAGAACUCAUAUAUACCAUAGAAGCAGGGAACACCGGGAACACGUUUAAGAUAGACCCAGUCCUGGGCAUCAUCACUGUUUCCAAAGAACCAGACAUGAGGACAAUGAGUCAGUUUGUCCUGUCAGUCAGAGUCACAGACCAGGGCUCCCCACCCAUGUCUGCCACUGCCAUUGUGCGAAUCUCUGUCACCAUGUCUGAUAAUUCUCACCCCAAGUUCACUCACAAAGACUACCAAGCCGAAAUACAUGAAAACGUUGACAUGGGUACAUCGGUUAUUUUCAUCUCUGCCAUAAGCCAAUCGACCCUCAUUUAUGAAGUCAAAGAUGGGAACACUGAUGGCACCUUCACCAUCAAUCCGUAUUCUGGUGUCAUCACCACUCAGAGAGCUCUGGACUACGAGCGCACUUCCUCAUAUCAACUCAUCAUUCAGGCCACUAACAUGGCAGGGAUGGCUUCGAAUGCCACAGUCAAUGUCCAGGUCAUUGAUGAAAAUGAUAAUGUGCCAGCCUUUCUCUUUUCUCAAUACUCAGGCAGCCUGAGUGAGGCUGCCCCAGUCAAUAGCAUUGUCAGGAGUUUGGACAGCAGUCCUCUAGUAAUUCGUGCCACAGAUGCUGACAGCAACCAAAAUGCGCUGCUUGUGUAUCAGAUUGUGGAGUCCACAGCCAAGAAGUUCUUCACUGUGGACUCCAGCACAGGUGCUAUCCGAACAAUUGCCAGCCUGGACCAUGAGACCAUUGCCCAUUUCCACUUCCACGUGCAUGUGCGGGACAGCGGGAGCCCACAGCUGACUGCUGAGAGUCCUGUAGAAGUCAACAUUGAGGUGACAGAUGUCAAUGAUAACCCCCCUGUUUUCACUCAGGCUGCCUUUGAGACCGUCUUACUCCUCCCUACCUAUGUUGGCGUGGAGGUGCUGAAAGUCAGCGCCACAGACCCUGACUCUGAGGUGCCUCCGGAGCUGACAUACAGCCUCGUGGAUGGCAGCUUGGAUCAUUUCUUAAUUGACUCAAACAGCGGCGUAAUCACCAUACAAAACAACAACCUCUCCAAAGAUCACUAUGUGCUGAUAGCUAAAGUAUCUGAUGGAAAGUUCUACAGCACAUCCAUGGUCACCAUCAUGGUGAAGGAAGCCAUGGACAGUGGCCUCCACUUUACACAAAGCUUUUACUCCACAUCAAUCUCAGAGAACCACACUAACAUAACCAAAGUUGCUAUUGUCAAUGCAGUUGGAAAUCGCCUUAAUGAGCCCUUGAAAUAUAGCAUCCUAAACCCAGGAAAUAAGUUCAAGAUAAAAUCUACCUCAGGAGUCAUUCAGACCACUGGCAUCCCCUUUGACCGUGAAGAACAAGAAUUGUAUGAACUGGUGGUGGAAGCCAGCCGUGAGCUAGACCACCUGCGUGUGGCUAGGGUGGUGGUCAAGGUUAAUAUCGAAGACAUAAAUGACAACUCACCGGUCUUUGUGGGCCUCCCUUACUAUGCUGCUGUUCAAGUUGAUGCUGAGCCUGGGACCAUGAUAUACCGGGUGACAGCCAUUGACAGAGAUAAAGGUACAAAUGGAGAAGUGACCUAUGUCCUACAGGAUGACUAUGGCCACUUUGAAAUUCAUCCCAAUUCAGGGAAUGUUAUUUUAAAAGAAGCAUUCAACUCUGACUUAUCUAACAUUGAGUAUGGCGUCACCAUCUUUGCCAAAGAUGGUGGACUACCCUCCUUGUCCACAUCUGUAGAACUCCCCAUCACCAUUGUCAACAAAGCAAUGCCUGUGUUUGAUAAACCCUUUUAUACUGCAUCCAUCAGCGAAGACAUCAGGAUGGACACCCCCAUUCUAGGCAUCAAUGCCACCAGUCCCGAGGGCCAGGGUAUCAUAUAUAUCAUUAUUGAUGGGGACCCUUUCAAGCAGUUUAAUAUUGACUUUGACACGGGAAUCCUGAAAGUCGUUAGUCCUUUGGAUUAUGAGGUCAUGUCGGUUUACAAGUUGACAAUAAGAGCCAGUGACACUCUUACUGGUGCCAGAGCUGAAGUCACGGUUGACCUACUAGUUAGCGAUGUCAAUGACAACCCUCCUGUUUUUGAUCAGCCCUCCUACAAUACAACACUAUCAGAAGCAUCUCUCAUUGGUACACCUGUUUUGCAAGUUAUUUCUACUGACGCAGAUUCUGAAAACAAUAAAAUGGUGCAUUAUCAGAUUGUACAAGAUACCUAUAACAGCACAGAUUAUUUUCACAUAGACAGCUCAAGUGGCUUAAUCCUGACAGCAAGAAUGCUGGACCAUGAGUUAGUACAGCACUGUAUUUUGAAAGUCAGAGCAACAGAUAAUGGCUUCCCAGCUCUGAGCAGUGAGGUUCUGGUGCACAUUCAGAUCUCCGAUGUCAAUGAUAACCCUCCAGUUUUUAACCAGCUCAUUUAUGAGUCCUAUGUGAGUGAAUUAGCCCCACGGGGCCAUUUUGUAACUUGUGUGCAAGCCUCAGAUGCAGAUAGUUCUGACUUUGAUAGGUUGGAAUAUAGCAUUUUAUCUGGCAAUGAUAGGACAAGCUUUUUAAUGGAUAGCAGGAGCGGGGUCAUCACACUGUCCAACCAUCGGAAGCAGCGGAUGGAGCCUUUGCAUAGUCUCAAUGUGUCUGUCUCUGAUGGCCUGUUCACCAGCACUGCCCAGGUGCACAUCAGGGUGCUUGGGGCUAACCUAUACAGCCCUGCCUUUUCACAGAGCACAUAUGUAGCUGAAGUGAGAGAGAAUGUGGCCUCUGGGACAAAGGUAAUUCAUGUUCGAGCCACAGAUGGAGACCCAGGAACAUAUGGGCAGAUCAGCUAUGCCAUCAUCAAUGACUUUGCCAAGGAUCGAUUCCUGAUAGACAGUAAUGGACAAGUCAUCACCACAGAAAGGCUAGAUCGUGAAAAUCCUCUGGAAGGAGAUAUUAGUAUUUUUCUGAGGGCCCUUGAUGGUGGAGGGAGAACAACUUUCUGUACUGUCAGGGUGAUUGUCGUAGAUGAAAAUGACAAUGCCCCCCAGUUCAUGGCCGUGGAAUAUAGAGCCAGUGUCAGAGCAGAUGUGGGAAAAGGCCACCUGGUCACUCAAGUUCAAGCUAUGGACCCAGAUGAUGGAGCCAAUUCAAGGAUCACCUACUCCCUCUAUAGUGAGGCCUCUGUCUCAGUGGCUGAUCUCCUGGAAAUCGAUCCUGACAAUGGCUGGAUGGUAACCAAGGGCAAUUUUAUCCAGCUGAAGAAUACAGUGCUGUCAUUUUUUGUCAAAGCAGUAGAUGGGGGCAUUCCAGUAAGACAUUCCCUCAUUCCUGUCUAUAUCCACGUCCUACCCCCAGAAACAUUCCUGCCAUCCUUUACACAGCCUCAGUACUCCUUUACCAUUGCAGAAGAUGCCACCAUUGGAAGCACAGUGGACACUCUGAGGAUUUUGCCCAGUCAGAAUGUCCGGUUCAGCACUGUUAAUGGAGAACAGCCAGAGAACAACAAAGGGGCAGUCUUCAUCAUAGAACAGGAAACAGGUACUAUCAAGCUUGACAAACGCCUUGACCAUGAAGUUAGCCCAUCUUUCCACUUUAAAGUAGCCGCUACUAUACCCUUGGACAAGGUAGACAUUGUGUUUACUGUGGAUGUAGAUAUUAAGGUAUUAGAUUUGAAUGACAACAAGCCAAUCUUUGAAACAUCGAACUAUGAGACCAUCAUCAUGGAAGGGAUGCCUGUGGGCACCAAACUCACACAGGUGAGAGCAACUGACAUGGACUGGGGAGCCAAUGGGCAGGUAACUUACUCCCUCCACUCAGACACCCAUCCUGAAAAGGUGAUGGAAGCAUUCAGUAUAGACAGCAACACAGGCUGGAUAAGCACCUUGAAAGAUCUGGACCAUGAGACAGAUCCAGCAUUCUCCUUCUCUGUGGUGGCUUCUGACCUGGGAGAAGCCUUCUCCCUCUCUUCCUCAACUCUGAUCUCAGUCAAGGUGACAGACAUAAAUGAUAACGCACCAGUCUUUGCCCAUGAGGUAUACCGUGGGAAUGUGAAGGAAAGUGACCCCCCAGGUGAGGUGGUAGCCGUCCUCAGCACUUGGGACAAAGACACUUCCGAAGUGAAUCGUCAAGUGAGCUACCAUAUCACAGGAGGAAACCCCCGGGGAAGGUUCGCCCUGGGCCUGGUGCAGAGUGAGUGGAAGGUCUAUGUGAAGAGGCCACUAGAUAGAGAAGAGCAAGAUAUGUACUUCCUCAAUAUCACUGCCACAGAUGGGCUCUUUGUCACCCAGGCCAUGGUAGAAGUGACCGUCAGCGAUGUCAAUGACAAUAUCCCAGUGUGUGAUCAGGUUGCAUAUACAGCCCAAUUUCCUGAAGAUAUUCCAUCAAAUAAAAUCAUCUUAAAGGUCAGUGCCAAGGAUGCUGACAUCGGACCCAACGGCAAUAUACGAUACACACUCCUCGGAUCUGGAAACAGUGACUUUUUUCUGGAUCCUGAAAAUGGUGAGUUAAAAACCUUGGCUCUCUUGGACCGAGAGAGGGUUCCAGUGUAUGCCCUGAUUGCCAGGGCCACUGACGGAGGAGGUCGGUUCUGCCAGUCUGAUGUCCGCCUAGUCCUGGAAGAUGUGAAUGACAACCCCCCUGUCUUUUCUUCUGACCACUACAACACUUGUGUCUAUGAGAACACCGCCACCGAAGCUCUGCUGACCAGAGUGCAAGCUGUGGACCCUGACCUCGGUAUCAACAGGAAGGUUGUGUACUCCCUGGCAGACUCGGCCAAUGGCUUCUUCUCCAUCGACAGCUCGUCAGGCAUCGUUGUCCUGGAGCAGCCGCUGGAUCGGGAGCAGCAGUCUUCCUACAACAUCACCGUGCAGGCCACCGACCAGAGUCCUGGGAAAGCCCUGUCCUCUCUGGCCAUCGUGACCAUUACUGUCCUGGACAUUAACGACAACCCCCCUGUGUUUGAAAGGAGGGACUACCUGGUGACAGUGCCUGAGGACACCUCCCCUGGCACCCAGGUGCUUACUGUCUUUGCUACCAGUAAGGAUAUUGGCACGAAUGCUGAGAUUACAUACCUCAUCCGCUCUGGGAAUGAGCAAGAGAAGUUUAGGAUCAACCCCAAAACAGGGGGUAUUUCUGUGUCUGAAGUCUUGGACUAUGAAUCCUGCAAAAGAUUUUACCUGGUGGUGGAGGCUAAAGAUGGGGGCACUCCAGCGCUCAGUGCUGCAGCCACUGUCAACAUCAACCUGACAGAUGUGAAUGACAACUCUCCCAAGUUCAGCCAAGAUGUCUACAGUGCUGUCAUCAGUGAAGAUGCCAUGGUGGGGGACGCUGUCAUUUUGUUAAUAGCAGAAGACAUAGACAGCCCACCAAAUGGACAGAUUCACUUUUCCAUUGUGAGUGGCGAUCGAGACAGUGAAUUUGCUGUGGAUCCUGCCCUCGGACUUGUGAAGGUUAAGAAGAAAUUGGACCGGGAACGGGUGUCUGGAUACUCGCUGCUUGUACAGGCAGUCGAUAGUGGUAUUCCUGCUAUGUCUUCAACUGCAACGGUUAACAUUGACAUCUCUGACGUGAAUGACAACAGCCCACUGUUUACACCUGCCAACUAUACUGCUGUUAUUCAAGAAAAUAAGCCAGUGGGCACCAGUAUCUUGCAGCUGGUAGUGACAGACAGAGACUCCUUUCACAAUGGGCCUCCCUUCUCAUUCUCUAUUUUGUCGGGAAAUGAAGACGAGGAGUUCGUGUUGGACGCACAUGGAAUCCUGCGGUCAGCAGUGGUCUUCCAGCACACAGAGUCUCCCGAGUAUGUGCUGUGUGUCCAGGCCAAAGACUCAGGCAAACCGCAGCAGGCUGCUCAUUCCUACAUUCGAGUGCGGGUCAUUGAGGAGAGCAUUCACAAGCCCACAGCCAUCCCACUGGAGAUUUUCAUUGUCACUAUGGAGGACGACUUCCCUGGCGGUGUCAUUGGGAAGAUCCACGCCACGGAUCAAGACAUGUAUGACGUGCUCACGUUUGCCCUGAAGUCUGAGCAGAAGAGCUUGUUCAAAGUGAACAGCCAUGAUGGGAAGAUCAUCGCCCUGGGUGGGCUGGACAGCGGCAAGUAUGUCCUGAAUGUGUCUGUGAGCGAUGGCCGCUUCCAGGUCCCCAUCGACGUGAUUGUGCACGUGGAGCAGCUGGUGCAUGAGAUGCUGCAGAACACCGUCACCAUCCGCUUUGAGAGCGUGUCCCCUGAAGACUUCGUGGGGCUGCACAUGCACGGCUUCCGGCGCACCCUGCGGAAUGCUGUCCUCACCCAGAAGCAGGACAGCCUGCACAUCAUCAGCAUCCAACCAGUAGCAGGCACCAACCAGCUGGACAUGCUCUUCGCAGUGGAGAUGCACAGCGGUGAGUUCUACAAACCAGCCUACCUGAUCCAGAAGCUGUCUAAUGCCCGGCGGCACCUGGAGAAUGUGAUGCGAAUUGCAGCUAUCCUGGAGAAGAACUGCUCAGGCCUGGACUGUCAGGAGCAGCACUGUGAGCAGGGCCUGUCCCUGGAUUCCCACGCACUCAUGACCUACAGCACAGCUCGCAUCAGCUUUGUGUGCCCACGCUUCUAUAGGAAUGUGCGUUGUACCUGUAAUGGAGGUGUGUGCCCAGGGUCCAACGACCCUUGUGUGGAGAAGCCAUGUCCGGGAGACAUGCAAUGUGUAGGAUAUGAAGCCAGCAGGAGGCCGUUCCUUUGCCAGUGCCCACCAGGGAAGCUCGGAGAAUGCUCAGGGCACACUUCUCUCAGCUUUGCUGGAAACAGUUACAUCAAGUAUCGGCUUUCUGAAGACAGCAAAGAAGAGGACUUUAAGCUGGCUCUGCGGCUGAGGACCCUACAGAGCAAUGGCAUUAUAAUGUACACCCGAGCAAACCCCUGCAUGAUUCUGAAGAUUGUGGACGGCAAGUUGUGGUUCCAGCUGGACUGUGGCAGCGGCCCGGGCAUCCUGGGUAUCUCAGGCCGUGCGGUCAACGAUGGGAGCUGGCACUCGGUCUUCCUGGAGCUCAACCGCAACUUCACCAGCCUGUCCCUGGAUGACAGCUACGUGGAGCGGCGCCGGGCCCCGCUCUACUUCCAGACGCUGAGCGCCGAGAGCGCCGUGUACUUCGGUGCGCUGGUGCAGGCGGACAGCGUCCGCGGCCUGCUGGACACGCGUGCCACUCAGGUGCUCGGCGGCUUCCAGGGCUGCCUGGACGCCGUGCUGCUGAACAACAAUGAGCUGCCGCUGCAGAACAAGCGCAGCAGCUUCGCCGAGGUCGUGGGCCUGACCGAGCUCAAGCUGGGCUGCGUGCUCUACCCUGACGCCUGCCAGCGCAGCCCGUGCCAGCACGGGGGCAGCUGCACCGGCCUGCCCUCAGGAGGCUAUCAGUGUGCCUGCCUCUCACAGUUCACGGGGAGAAACUGUGAAUCUGAGAUCACAGCCUGCUUUCCAAAUCCUUGCCGGAACGGAGGAUCCUGUGACCCCAUAGGAAACACUUUCAUCUGCAGUUGCAAAGCUGGGCUCACUGGAGUCAUGUGUGAGGAGGACGUGAAUGAGUGUGAGCGGGAGGAGUGUGAGAACGGUGGCUCCUGCGUCAACGUGUUCGGGUCCUUCCUCUGCAACUGCACGCCCGGCUUCGUGGGGCAGUACUGCGGGCUGCGGCCCGUGGUGGUCCCCAACAUCCAGGCCGGCCAUGCCUACGUGGGCAAGGAAGAGCUGAUCGGUAUCGCCGUGGUCCUCUUAGUCAUCUUCAUCCUCAUCGUGCUCUUUGUCGUCUUCCGCAAGAAGGUCUUCCGCAAGAACUACUCCCGCAACAACAUCACGCUAGUGCAAGACCCUGCCACAGCCGCGCUGCUGCACAAGAGCAAUGGCGUCCCGUUCCGCGGCCUGCGAGCCGACGCGCGCAGCCUCUACCAGGAGGUGGGCCCGCCGCAGGUGCCCGUGCGCCCCAUGGCCUACACGCCCUGCUUCCAGAGCGACUCCCGGGGCAACCUGGACAAGGCGGCCGACGCGCUGGGGCCCGAGCACCAGGAGAUGACCACCUUCCACCCCGAGUCCCCGCGCAUCCUGACGGCACGGCGCGGCGUGGUGGUGUGCAGCGUGGCCCCCAACCUCCCGGCCGUGUCCCCAUGCCGCUCCGACUGCGACUCCAUCCGCAAGAACGGCUGGGACUCAGGCACCGAGAACAAAGGAGUUGAUGACUCAGGAGAAGUAACCUGCUUUGCAGGCAGCAAUAAAGGCAGCAACUCUGAAGUCCAGUCCUUGAGCUCCUUCCAGUCAGACUCUGGGGAUGACAAUGCAUCCAUAGUGACUGUCAUUCAGCUUGUCAACAAUGUAGUUGAUACUAUAGAAAAUGAAGUGUCUGUCAUGGACCAAGGACAGAACUACAACCGAGCUUACCACUGGGACACCUCUGAUUGGAUGCCUGGGGCCCGCCUGUCAGACAUAGAGGAAGUUCCCAACUAUGAGAGCCAGGAUGGAGGCACUGUGCACCAGGGCAGCACGCGGGAGCUGGAGAGUGAUUACUACCUGGGGGGUUAUGACAUCGACAGUGAAUACCCACCUCCUCAUGAAGAAGAGUUUUUGAGUCAGGACCAGUUGCCCCCACCCCUACCAGAAGACUUCCCAGACCAAUAUGAGGUGCUGGCUCCCUCCCAGCCUGUCUCCCUGGCCAGCACUCUGAGCCCAGACUGCAGGAGAAGGCCCCAGUUCCACCCCAGCCAGUACCUCCCUCCUCAUCCAUUCCCCAAUGAAGCGGAUUUGGUGGGCUCACCUGCUGGCUGUGAUUUCAGUACUCUUGCCAGCAGCAUGAACCAGGCCACGGAGGCCACAGGCCCGACAGACAACAUGCCUCUAUCCUUGCACAAUUCCAGAGGCACCUCAUCCUCAGACAUGUCCGCCAAUUGUGGCUUUGGGGACUCUGAAGCAGCCGUGAGUGACUAUGAGAGCAUGGGCGAGCUAAGCCUCACCAGUCUCCAUGUUCCCUUUGUGGAGACUCAGCACCAGACUCAAGUGUAA